AAUAUGUGAAGCUGAAAAAGUACUUGGAAGAAGUAAAUGAACGACAAAAAAGAGCUCUUCUACGAAAUCAGACGUUCUUAAAUGAAUUCAACGAGUUUGAAGCUCACGUGAAAGCUUCAAGUUCAGAGCUGAUUGAGAAGAUGGAAGUAACUUUGUAGAAGACUUAUUAAUAUAGUACUUACUGUUACUACGGGGGUUGCUAAACUGGUUUUGUGUGUCUAUUUUGCACAUCAAGAUGUUGGUCUAACUUCAUCCCCUAUUUUACAGCGCCCUAAGUGGCAAUGUUUGGAGUUCUCAUUAACAUUAUCUAGGUUAGGUCAGGAAAAGGACUCGAGUUGUAACUCGAGUUUUCAUCAAGACUUUGUUAUAAAAGCCUUAGUAAAAUAUAGUUUUAUUACUUAAAAAGUUCUUAUGCAUUUCCUUGAAGUUAUUUUAGGAUAUGUUUCUAAUCUUGCUGGUGUGAUUGCCCUAAGUAACCAUAGCUAGUUUUACUCCUCCUUAUCACCCUGGUUUCAUCAACAGAGGUGUCACUGACUAUCUCCUGGUAAAACAAAUUACCUUGUUUGAACUGUUUGGGCUGAAAUAGAUCUACAACGAGUCGCUAUCGGUUCUAUUUACUAAACAAUUAAGUGGCAAUACUUGAAUAGUGGGAAGAAGAACAGCUUCUUCCAGCAAACCGUUUCAUCGCUUAGGUCUUUUAAUAGUUUUGUACAUAAACAGAUCUGGUUCAUUUGCUUUCAGAGCUGAAAAACGUUGAACUUCCUUCUGGGUCGGUGAAGUAAAAUUCAAGGAGCGUUUCAUCACCUUGAGUAAUUGAAAUAUAAUUGUUUUUGUGUCACUUUACUGAGGAAUAAUAUGGGAUAUUGCAAGGUACGGUAUGGAAGAGAAAUUAAAAGUGGGCUGUCAUUUCAAGAGGGUGACUUGGCACGAGGUGACAAGGAAGAAGGAUGCAAUGAGCAGAUGCCACAGGCUGCAAGGCAGGCUGGAAUUCAUGCCAAGACAGCUUUGUCCAGAAGCUUGCAUCAUCCAGUGCCCUUCUUCAUGGGCCACUGCAUGUCUGCCUGCAGUGUGCAGCAGGAAACGCCUCAGCCUGCUGCCUGCCCCAACAGUCUGACAGCCUUGCAGGGUGAUGAGACAGAUGGGCAUCCCACACAGGCUGAUGAUGACAUGCAGCAUGCCAAUAAGCUUGAUGAGCAAGGUGGCAAGUCAUAUGUCCCCAUGGGGGAGAAGAUGUCCAUCAGAGACAGCAGCUUGCACAGCAGUCUUCUGAAUUUUACAGAACGUAAAAAUUCCACUGAACUCUGCUCAGCAUUACCUGAUGGAGGAAGUUUGCAGAGCAGGACUGCUGACUUAGCAAGUGACACAUCAGUGGAGGAGGUGGUGACCCGUGAGCACCUGGUAGCAAGUGCAAAAGAAGUCUGUGAGCAGCCUGUCCUCUUGGCAUCUGCCCCUGAGCCCAGCAUCACUGGACCCCAAUGUAACCUGAACACCCAGCAGGCAGCCAGCCAGGACAGCAGCAGCAGCAGCACCCACCCAGAAGAGAACUACUCUUUGCAGCCACCCAGCUGCUGUGCAGCAGAGGAUGAGCCCUUGGGCAGCUCAGUGCCUGAAGGCUUCUGCAGCCAGGAUGGCAGUCUGAAGGAAGACCUGGAGGCCAGUGAGGCAGCUGUCCUCUGUCAGCUCCCCGAGGCCAAGUCAGGCCAGCAGUGGGAUGUGGCUACACUGCAGGCCUCGCUGAACAGCCAUACUGCCUUCCUGGAGGAGCACGAGCACCUGUGCACUGAGGAGCUGGCAGCUGUGUUGCACAGCACGCUGGAUUUGGACGAGGAGGCACCAGGAAGUCAGGCUCCACCGCUGCUGAGAGAGGUCCUUGCAGAAGAGUGUGGAGAUGGGUCAUCUGUUCAGAGUAAUGAAUCAUCUUACAGCUUGCCAUCGAUCCCAAAUGACAGCAGGGAAGUGGAGCAGGCAAAACAUGUUCUGUGGCUCGACAGCAUGGGAAAGCAAGAAGUCACAAGCUGGUGUGGAGAUGAGAGCCGGGAAGAAAGCGUGGUAGGAAAGAUUCCUAUUACAGCAGGUUGUGUUAUUGGGAAUAAUGGUUCCGAAGCAAAAGAAAGCCAAGAAAUGUGCUCCGAAAGGAGUUCAUCCAGUGAAAGAAGCGGUGACCUCUCAAGGCCUGAAUUCAGGAAGGGAGCCAUAACUGCUAUAAAAUCCAAAGCUUUCUGGGGCGAAUCUGACGAUAGCAGCUCUGAGGCUGUGGAUGCUUUGCGUCCUCAAACUCGCAGCCCAGAAGCAGAUGACUUCGAUGACUUCUAUGAUUGAAGUUCCACCACUUGCUUUCGGGAAGCAAAUCGACAGCAUCAUCUUCCACUACUUCAGGGCUGCUGUCUCAGAAGUGCACCUCAUCGGUUGAUAUUCACAUUUAAAUACGGAAUAAAGAUUACUUGGUAUUCUA